CCCAGGUCCUUCUCUGCUUCUUCUCGACCUUUCUUUACCAAAAUCAGUUGCUCUCUCUCUCUCUCUCUCUCUCUCUCUCUCUCUCUCUCUCUCUCUCACAGCUUCUAAAGUCUUCAUCUUAUCUGAGAAUGAUCUAAAUAAGAUCUUUCUUCAUCGCCGAUCCACCUUCUGAUGUUAAUGGAACAAUUCAACAGUGAUGACAAGUCCAUAGGAAAAACAACAAGGGUUGUUGAUUCUGAGUUGUCUGAUUCUGAUUUUGAGGAUGAUUUUGAAACGACUAAGACAGAGACAGAUACAUCAGCUCAAGAGGCAAGAAAUGGGAAAGACGUUCAAGGGAUUCAGUGGGGAGGGUUUAAGUACACUAGAGACGAGUUUCGUGAGACUAGGUUGAAAGAGUAUGAGAACUUUGUCAAUAUCUUAACCCCGCGUUCUCGGGAAAAGCUCGAUAAGGAACAUCGGCAAGUUGAGAAAGGAAAGAAAUUUUACGAUUUCCAAUUCAAUACAAGGCUUGUCGCAUCUACUAUUGUGCAUUUUCAGUUGGGAGUAAUGUCUGAGCAGCCGGCAGCAUAACGCUUCGGAAUUUGGUAUGGGCAACAUCAAAGCAUGAUGUAUAUCUUAUGCAAAAUUAUUCACUCAUGCACUGGUCAUCUCUACUCCAGAGAGGGAAAGAAGUAGUUAAUGUCGCCAGAUCAGUUACCCCCACUCAGAAACUACCUGGACUGUUUUCUGAGCCACUCUCCAGAGUGCAAGUUAGCAGCAUGGCAGUCAAGGAAAAUAUGAUCCUGUUAGGAGGGUUUGAUGGGGAGCUUCUCUGCAAGUGUGUAAAUCAGCCUGGGGUGGCUUUUUGCACAAGAUUAUCAACGGAAGAGAAUGCCAUCACAAACACAGUCGAUAUAUACCGAAGUCCGAGUGGCUCCCUAAGGCUUAUAACCGCAAAUAAUGACUGUACAAUUCGGGUGUUUGAUGCUCAGGGCUUUACACGUGUCAGUGAAUUUGCUUUCGAUUGGUCUGUCAAUAAUACCUCAGCUAGCCCAGAUGGAAAGCUACUCGCUGUACUCGGGGACAGUACAGAAUGUUUGAUCUCUGAUUCCCAUUCUGGAAAAGUUAUUUCAAGUCUCAAAGGCCACAAAGACUACUCGUUUGCAUCUGCCUGGCACCCGAGUGGUCUAAUCUUGGCAACUGGAAACCAAGACACGACAUGCCGUCUCUGGGACAUUCGGUAUCCAUCAGACUCAUUCGCUGUCCUGAAAGGAAACAUGGGAGCCAUCAGAGGACUGAAGUUCACACCAGGAGGGCGGUUUCUUGCCAUGGCCGAGCCUGCAGACUUUGUUCACAUCUUUGACAUGGAGUCCGGGUUUCUACAGUCCCAAGAGAUUGAUCUGUUUGGAGAAAUAGCAGGGAUUUCGUUCAGCCCCGACACAGAGGCAUUAUAUGUUGGGGUCGCUGACCGCACUUAUGGAAGCUUGAUGGAGUAUAAGAGGAGAAAGGAUAAUCACUAUACGGACUCUUUUUUCUGAGAACGGGUGUAGCCGUGUAGGGCACAUCUAAAAUGUGGUAACAAUCUGCCUUUAAGUUUAUAUGUGGAAAAACAAAACAUAAUUAUCUGAGUAUCGAGAUGGGUCCUUUUCUUGUAAUAUAUGUUAUGUAAGUGAAUAAAUCAAUCAGUGUAUGUAUGUAAUCCUUCUAGUUUACCAUUGUUUUUUCCGCCAAACUCUUAAACAGAUAUUUUGUUUAAAGACCCUUUCCGUGAA